AACUGUCAGUCCUAUAGCAACCUUCUAACCGUGUCAACCAUGUGGAACCAAAGCCUACUGCUCCUGUCAGUGGCGGCGCUCGCCGCUUCCGAAACGGAUCCCAAAAUCAUCGGCGGCUUCCCGGCGGAACAGGGCGACACCCUGCACCAGGUUUCGAUCCGGUUCCGGGUCUUGGACGAGCAGGGAUUCGGCCGGGGCCACAUAUGCGGGGGGAGUCUCAUCAACAGCCGGACCGUCCUGACGGCCGCGCACUGUGCGGUGGAUUUGAAAAACGGGAUGCGAUUUCCGGCCAGUACGUUCCGCGUGGUCGGCGGAAGUGUCGAGCGGAGGCAAAUGACGGAGAAUACCGUUGUGGUGGGGGUUGGCAACGUGUUCGUGCACGAGAAGUUCGACACGCUGACCAUGGAGAAUGACAUUGCACUGAUGAUUCUCAGUACACCGGUUCCGGACGGACAUCCGACGCUGCAGCCGAUUGAACGGGUGGCUAGUCAGCCUGCGGUAGCGACCUCCUGUCAAACUUCCGGUUGGGGAACCACCAUAGCUGAACAAAACGCGUCCCCGUCCACCCUUCUGGCGGUCAACGUAACCGUGCAGUCGACGACCGAAUGUAACAGGGCCGAAAGCUACAACGGCCAUGUUGUGCCGGGAAUGUUCUGCGCAGGACAGACCGAUAAGGACGCGUGCCAGGGUGAUUCCGGUGGGCCGCUGGUCUGUGAUGGAAAACUUGCCGGAGUUGUGUCCCAUGGGUUGAGUUGUGGGCUGGACGGGUUUCCGGGAAUCUACAGCGAUGUGGCGUACUACCGGGGCUGGAUUGAUUCAUGUUUGGCCGGAAAGUGUUCCGGAGCGGGAGGGAUGGUGAUCUCGUGGGGACUUAUGGCGAGUUUGUUGAUUGUUUUGGUUUACCAUACACAAUAAAGCGGUUUAGUUGAGAUC